CGUUCACGUAACUUCUGUUGACAUCUGCCGGUAGGCCCACUCACACGCGCCUGACACUUCAUCCUACAGGGCGCUUUGGAAGGUACAGCUAUUAAAACGUAAAGAACCAGUGUAUGACUGAGGCCGUCAGGGAACAAUGUCUCCUCCACGGCUCACAGGUGCGCUGCGCUCCUUCUCCCAUGUCAGCAAAAAGGAGGACUUCACUGAAUACCCCCAUGAUCUGAAGACCAAACGUCUGAAGAGACAGGAGCUGUUUGCCAAAGAGGGCCUGACUUGGCAGAAGAUUGUCCAUUUCUGCACCGAGCAUCAGGACAAAGAUAAGCACCAAGCUGCCAGUCAGGAACUGAAGAGCUUCCUUCUGGCAGCCAAACAGAUUGUGGGGGCUGAACAUGGUCAGGAGGCCAUUGAAAGUGCUGCUGUCUUCUUGUUUGAGACCUUCCACAACAAAGAUCAUGUGGGCACAGAGGAGACCCGGGCCAUUAAACAGAUGUUUGGCCCCUUUCCAUCAGCUGCAGCUGAAGCUUCAUGUGACUGUGUGGCUCGGCUUGUGGCUUCACUUGGAAACUCCCAAGUUGAAGACUUUAUUCAGACCCAGAGCUCCCAUCACAACCACCAACGAGGCUCCACUUUCGGUCGUAACAUUGCCUUCUCAUAUGACUGCUACACAUUGGACCCGCUGGAGGACCUGCCAUGCUUUGGUAUCCACGAGGAGAACGUGAGCCUAGACUUUAUCAGCUUCCUCAACAACCAGCAGAGCGGGAGGAAGGCCACCAGUGAGGAAGAGGUGUCCAGCUCAGGAAGAUCUUCUAGCUUUGGGGACGGAGCUAUUCUUAGAACAGAGGUGGAGAGGUAUCUGAACAGAGGCAAUAUGAUCUCGUCCAGCCCAGAGGAGCUGUGCACGUCCCUGUUUGAGAUGCUGGCCUCCCACAAGAGUGAUGAUGAGCUGCAGAAUGAGCUGUUCGAGCUUCUGGGCCCAGAAGGGCUGGAGAUGAUCUCCACCCUCCUCCAGCGAAGGGUGGCCAUCGUUGACUGCCUCCUCACUAUCCCACCCGAUAGGCUUGGCUUUCCACCAGAUGUGAGCCAAAAAGUUGAAAUGACCAAGCCCAUCUAUGGGUGCCAGGUGACCAUCCAAUCAGAGCAAGAAAAACAGAUGAUGAAGAUGUACCGCAGGGAGGAGAAGAGAGAGAGAAAGAGAGGCAAAGGAACAGAUGACAGCGACUCCUCAGAUGCUGUUAUGCCAUUCGACCCCAGAGAGAUGAGAGCCCACCGGGAGCAUGCCCUUCUGACUGCACGACGUGAACCUGUACUGAGCAGAGAAAGAGUGUAUGAACGUAUUAAAUAUCCCAAUGUCUAUGACAUCUAUGCAGAAGCCACAAAGAUGCCUGCGUUUGUUGGAGGAGCCAGGAUGCUGCUCCCUGAGGGAAUCCGGAGAGAGAACAAUAAGAUGUAUGAAGAGGUGGAGAUCCCACCCAACGAACCCAUGCCUAUUGGCUUUGAAGAGAAGCCUGUCUUCAUCUCUGAACUAGAUGAGAUCGGGCAGCUGGUGUUCAAGGGGAUGAAGCGUCUGAACAGGAUCCAGUCCAUGGUGUUUGAGACGGCCUAUAACACCAAUGAAAACCUCCUGAUUUGCGCUCCAACUGGUGCCGGCAAGACCAACAUCGCCAUGCUGACUGUUCUUCACGAGAUCCGUCAACACCUGCAGCCGGGCGGUGUCAUCAAAAAGGAGGAAUUCAAGAUAGUAUAUGUGGCUCCAAUGAAGGCCUUGGCAGCAGAGAUGACUAAUUACUUCAGUAAGCGAUUGGAGCCACUGGGCAUCACUGUUAAAGAACUCACUGGAGACAUGCAGCUAACCAAAGGAGAGAUCCUACGAACACAGAUGUUGGUGACGACUCCAGAGAAGUGGGAUGUUGUGACCAGGAAGAGCGUCGGAGAUGUGGCUCUCUCCCAGAUUGUGCGUCUCCUGAUCUUAGAUGAAGUUCAUCUGCUCCAUGAAGAUCGCGGACCAGUACUGGAGAGCCUGGUGGCUAGGACCAUCAGACAGGUGGAGUCCACCCAGAGUAUGAUCAGGAUCCUGGGACUAUCAGCCACCCUGCCUAACUACCUGGAUGUGGCCGCCUUCCUACAUGUCAACCCCUAUAUUGGCCUCUUCUUCUUUGACAGUCGCUUCAGACCGGUGCCCCUUGGACAGACCUUUGUCGGCAUCAAAACCACCAACAAGAUCCAGCAGCUUCAUGACAUGGAGGAGGUUUGUUACAACAAAGUUCUGGAGCAGGUUAAAGCCGGUCAUCAGGUGAUGGUGUUUGUCCAUGCUCGUAAUGCCACAGUGAGGACGGCCAUGGGGCUGAUUGAGAUGGCAAAGAACCUUGGAGAAAUAUGCUUCUUUCAACCAGACCAAGGUCCAGACUACGGCCAGUGUGAGAAACAGAUCCAGCGCUCCAGAAACAAGCAGAUGAAGGAGAUGUUCCCAGAAGGCUUUGGGAUCCACCAUGCUGGCAUGCUGCGGUCUGACCGCAGCCUGAUGGAGAGUAUGUUCUCCAAAGGCCACCUCAAGGUGCUGGUCUCUACUGCCACCCUUGCCUGGGGAGUGAACCUGCCAGCCCAUGCAGUUAUUAUCAAGGGUACUCAAAUCUACGAUGCCAAGCGCGGUACCCUGGUGGAUCUGGGCAUCCUGGAUGUUAUGCAGAUUUUCGGGCGUGCAGGUCGUCCCCAGUUUGACAAGUACGGUGAGGGCACCAUCAUUACCACCCAUGAUAAACUGAGUCAUUACCUGACCCUGCUUACCCAGAAGAACCCCAUUGAGAGUCAGUUCCUGGACAGCCUGGCUGACAACCUCAACGCUGAGAUUGCCUUGGGGACAGUCACCAAUGUGGAGGAGGCAGUGAAGUGGCUAAGUUAUACUUACUUCUAUGUUCGCAUGAGGGCCAACCCACUGGCAUACGGCAUCAACCAUAAGGCUUAUCAGAUGGAUCCCUCCUUGGAGCUGUACAGGAAGGAGCUGGUGAUGGAGUCUGGCAGGAAGUUGGACAAGGCCAGGAUGAUCCGCUUUGAGGAGCGCACUGGCUACUUCGCCUCCACUGACCUAGGCCGUACCUCCAGCCACUUCUACAUCAGAUACAACACUAUAGAGACGUUCAAUGAACAUUUCAACUCUCAGCGAACAGAAGCUGAUAUCCUCAGUAUUGUGUCCAAGGCCGAGGAGUUUGAACAGCUCAAGGUUCGUGAUGAGGAGAUGGAGGAGCUGGAACAGUUGCUGUGCAACUAUUGCGAGCUGCCGGCUGCAGGCGGGGUGGAGAACGGCUACGGCAAGGUCAACAUUCUGCUGCAGACAUACAUCGGCCGAGGAGAGGUCGACAGCUUCUCGCUCAUCUCAGACCUGUCGUAUGUGGCACAGAACGCUGCUCGGAUCAUCAGGGCUUUGUUUGAGAUUGCUCUGAGGAAGCGGUGGCCGGCCAUGACCUACCGACUUCUCACCCUCUGUAAGGUGAUUGACAAGCGGCUGUGGGGCUUUGCCCACCCUCUUCGCCAGUUCCCCAACCUGAGUCAUGUUGUGCUGAACCGCCUUGAGGAGAAGAAGCUCACUGUGGACAAACUAAAGGAAAUGAGAAAGGAUGAGAUUGGUCACAUGCUGCACCAUGUCAACGUCGGCUUAGCAGUCAAACAGUGUGUCCAUCAGAUCCCCUCGAUCACGAUGGAGGCCAGCAUCCAGCCAAUCACACGUACCGUCCUACGUGUCCGUCUCCUUGUCACACCUGACUUUCGCUGGAAUGACCAGGUCCAUGGAUCAGUGGGUGAGCCAUGGUGGUUAUGGGUGGAAGAUCCCAUCAAUGAUCACAUCUACCACUCUGAGUACUUCCUCCUGCAGAAGAAGCAGGUGGUGACAGUAGAGCCUCAGCACAUAGUGUUCACUAUCCCCAUCUUUGAGCCAUUGCCCUCCCAAUACUACAUCAAGGCAGUGUCUGACCGCUGGCUUGGGGCCGAGGCCGUCUGCAUCAUCAACUUCCAGAAUCUAAUCUUACCUGAGAGACACCCCCCACACACUGAGCUGCUGGACCUGCAGCCGUUGCCGGUGACAGCUCUGGGUAACCGGCAGUAUGAGAGCCUGUACAAGUUCACUCACUUCAACCCCAUCCAGACUCAGAUCUUCCACACAUUGUAUCACACUGACACUAAUGUCCUUCUGGGGGCGCCAACAGGCUCUGGAAAAACCAUAGCAGCAGAGAUGGCUAUGUUCCGGGUCUUCAACAAAUAUCCAACCUCUAAGGUGGUGUAUAUCGCCCCUCUGAAAGCCCUGGUUAGAGAAAGGAUUGAGGACUGGAAGAUCAGAAUUGAGGAAAAACUUGGAAGGAAAGUGGUGGAACUGACAGGUGACGUGACUCCAGACAUGAGAGCUAUAGCGCAGGCUGACCUCAUCGUCACCACACCGGAGAAGUGGGAUGGAGUGAGCAGAAGCUGGCAGAACCGAAGCUACGUUCAGAAAGUAGCUAUUCUCAUCAUCGAUGAGAUCCACCUGCUGGGUGAAGACAGAGGUCCAGUGUUGGAGGUCAUUGUGUCCAGGACCAACUUCAUCUCCUCUCACACUUCAAAGAGUGUCCGAGUAGUCGGCCUGUCCACUGCUCUGGCCAAUGCUCGAGACCUCGCUGAUUGGUUGGGAAUUGGACAGGUGGGUUUGUUUAACUUCCGUCCGUCUGUUCGCCCUGUGCCGCUAGAAGUUCACAUCCAUGGUUUCCCAGGACAACACUACUGCCCCCGCAUGGCCAGCAUGAACAAGCCCACCUUCCAAGCGAUACGGAGCCACUCCCCAGCCAAGCCAGUGCUGAUUUUUGUCUCAUCACGACGUCAAACCCGACUGACUGCCCUGGACCUUAUUGCCUACCUGGCCACAGAGGACAACCCAAAACAGUGGCUGCACCAAGAUGAGAGAGAGAUAGAGGACAUUAUCGCCACAGUUAGGGAUUCCAAUCUGAAGCUAACGCUGGCUUUUGGGAUCGGCAUGCAUCACGCAGGCCUGCAUGAGAGAGACAGAAAGACUGUGGAAGAGCUGUUUGUCAACUGUAAAAUCCAGGUUUUGAUUGCAACCAGUACUCUGGCCUGGGGGGUGAACUUCCCCGCUCACCUGGUGGUCAUCAAGGGAACUGAAUACUAUGAUGGUAAAUCCAGGCGCUACGUGGACUACCCCAUUACAGAUGUUCUACAGAUGAUGGGUCGGGCAGGCCGCCCUCAGUUUGAUGACCAGGGCAAAGCGGUUAUUCUCGUCCACGACAUCAAGAAGGAUUUCUACAAGAAGUUCCUCUAUGAGCCUUUCCCUGUUGAGUCCAGCCUCCUUAGUGUGCUGUCAGACCAUUUGAAUGCUGAGAUUGCUGCAGGAACAAUCUCAUCCAAACAGGAUGCAAUGGACUAUAUCACCUGGACAUACUUCUUCAGACGGCUGAUGAUGAACCCCAGUUAUUACAGCCUAGAAGACAUCAGCCACGAGUCCAUUAACAAAUACCUGUCCAACCUGGUGGAGAGAAGCCUGCGGGACUUGGAGUGCUCUUACUGCAUAGAGAUAAAAGAGGAUGAUCGCACCAUUGAGCCACUGACCUACGGUCGCAUCGCCUCCUAUUACUACCUGAGGCAUCAGACCAUCGGAAUGUUUAAAGAACGGCUGAAGGCUGAGAUGACUACCCAUGAGCUGCUCUCAAUUCUGACGGAUGCAGAGGAGUAUGCUGAGUUGCCUGUCAGGCACAACGAAGACCAGCUCAACAGCCAGUUGGCUCAGCAGCUCCCACUGCAGGUCAACCCCCACUCCUAUGAUAGCGCCCACACCAAGACCCACCUGCUGCUGCAGGCUCACUUCAGCCACGCCCAGCUACCAUGCAGCGACUACACCACAGAUACCAAGACAGUACUGGACAACGCCAUCCGAAUCUGUCAGGCAAUGCUGGAUGUAGCUGCUAAUGAAGGCUGGCUUGUUACAGCCAUCAGUAUCUGCAACCUGAUACAGAUGAUCGUCCAGGGUGACUGGCUGCACAACUCCUCAUUACUGACACUGCCACAUGUCGAACAACAAGACCUCUAUCUGUUCAGGAAAUGGGCAAACAGGAAGGAGAGGAGGGACAUGGGAGGUUUCAAUGGACCAAUUGAAGGACUUCCUGAGCUGAUUGCUGCCUGCAAGGGAAAGGAAAGUAUAUUCGCUGCUAUCGUCGGCCAAGAGUUUCAUUCAAGUCAGAUUGCCCAGGCAUGGUCCUUCCUGAGUCAUCUCCCAGUCCUGGAGGUUGAAAUGAGUGUAAAGGGCUGGUGGGAGGAGAGCCAGGAGCAAACGGAGUAUGCCCUGCCUGCAGCAGGAGCAAACCUGAGGGAAGAGAGCAGCUGGCUGCCUGUCCACGCUGACCAGGAGUACGUUCUGCAGGUGUCACUGAGACGCAUCAAUCUGGGCCAGCAGAGGAGGAAGCAGGACAGUAAGGCCCAGGCUCCCAGGUUUCCCAAGGUGAAGGAUGAAGGCUGGUUCCUAGUCAUGGGGGAGGUGGAUCGCAGGGAGCUGCUGGCUGUCAAACGGGUUGGAUACGUGCGCAACCACACGGCUGUGUCUGUGGCCUUCUACACACCGGAGAAGACUGGAAAGUGUAUUUACACACUGUACCUGAUGAGCGACAGCUACCUGGGUCUGGACCAGCAGUACGACAUCCACCUGAAUGUAACACCUGCCAGCAUCGCUGCCCAGGUCAACACAGAGGUGUCCGACUCAGUGCCUGACAAGACCCUCGGCUGAGCAACAAUGGCAAAACAACUCAUCAGCCGCAGCAGAACAGUUCCAAGAGCAUCUUCAGUGAUCAACAGAUGAGUGUGAUGAAUCUGAAACACAGUGACUGUGUUAAAGGAGGAAUCUUCUGGCAUUAUCUCACACUGUUAAGUUUCACUGAUCUGUGAUCAUUGUUUUCCAGUGAUUAUUUUACAAUGAAAGGUUGGAAUUUACUAUUUUGCUAUACCCAUUUUGUAUCACCUUCUCUUAUCUACUUCUGCUUCAAUUAAUAAUUAAUAUUUAGCAUUGGCAGUGACUUUCACCUCUUACUUACUCAUUCCUUCUUUUUUUUUUAAUUCUCUGAUUAUUUAGUAUCAGUGAAAAAAAUGGGAUAUUUUAGUUCCUUAAACAUAUUUGCUCUUUUCAUUUUAUUGGUUUAACCUAAUUUAACACUGAAUUAUGUCAGGUACUAAACUGCUGCUGCAUUGCUCUCUCUGAGUUGGAACUUUCAUGUGUGUUUCACUUCUGAUGUCACAGCAAAGUGACAUAGUCAUGCAAAAUACCUUCUUUAACAUCACUGAUGGACGAUAGUUAUGUUCCCUUUCAUGAGUUCUCCGUUUUUUUAGACCACAUAUGUUACAACAGGGCAACAAGUUUCUCCCAUCCCACUAGUAAUAAAGAUUUCUUUUGUCAAAAUUUGGAGGAAAGAACCAGUUCUCAGUUUCUGAGAAUCCUCUGCCAACUGGUCUUUUGUCUCUGUGAGACUAAAGGCCUCAGUAUGCUUCAAAUGGACUAGGCUUCACAAUUUGUAUGACAACAUCUAAAGGCAAAAUUGUUUACAAACGUGGCUGCAUCACACUGCCUCCCUCUCCAAGAACUCAGUGUCUUUUGUGACAAUUCUACAGAUUGGGAUAACAGCACACGCUUUCAGACAGUCUCUCUUUAAAGAAAUUGAUGGUGUGGCACAGAAAAUGACAGCAGUAGUUGUGUAAAUAAUGAAUGAACGAAACCCUGCCUACUUUUACACCUCCACCUUCACACCAAGCCAAUUGUGGUCUAAAAUGUGCAAUUAGCCAGGUAUAUGUCUGAAACCCCCUUUCCUCAGAUUCUGCCGCUUGACAGGGGGUUUCAGACACUGUUAGAUGAUCCGACGCAGUGUUUCCUUUGAAGCAUGCUGACGUCUUAAGGUUGCAAAUUGUCUGAAUUUUGCGAUGCUGAAUCCUGGGUAGGCUUCUCUACUGCGGGGAGAAAGUUCAGCUUCAGUCUACUAGCUUCCAAUCAUCCAAAGACUACACUGAAGGAGGCACCCCUGAGACAGAGCCAGUGGAACAUUCACUUCCAUUUCGUAUGCCACUGUAGUUUGUCUGGGAAAACUGAGCUCCAGCACAUUUACUCAAAAAAAUCAAUUUCUGUCAAGAUAGGUGACAGAGGCUACUGCAGAGUAAACAAGUCACUUGUUUCCCUUUCAUAGACCAAGGAGAAAAAGGCCUGCUUAUCUUCCCAUAAAAAAAAAUAUAUUUUUCUGACACGAAAUGUCAACAAAUGGAAACAUAAUGGAUAAAUGUUGACUAUAUUCAUACAGUGUUUCCAGCCAUUGCAUUCAAAUCAUGAACCUUUCUGGCUGUUCUUGCUGCCAUUAGACAGUUAGCCCACCGAUACGUCCACUCACAUUUUUAUAAUGACCUAGACUGGACAGUGUGUCAAGAAAAUAUAUAAAGUAUUGAGAUGUGGGCUGAAUGCAACAUGCAGUCACAACUUGACAGAAUAAUACAACAGCAGUUAUCUGCCCUGUGUGACUCAGUGUCGUAUCUGUUGUUUACUUGACCAGAAACACAUGAUGGAACCAGAAAUGCAGUGUAUAAAAGAACUGAACAUGUGUUUGAGAGUUUAUAUUCUUUUUCUUUAAAAAGAAAGGCGUAAACAGAAACAGGCUCAUAAGAAUAAUAAAUAAACCCCCAUAGAAACAGCCCCCUCCACCUAAUUGUUUUCUGUAUGACAACACCUCACCCCAACCCAUGUCACAUUGGUAGGUUUAGGACUAGGGCUGAGGUUAGGGUCAAGUACUGCGCGGAGCCUGUAGUCCCUGUGACACAAUAUAUGACAAAUGGGCCUGGGGUAUUGGUGUAUUGAAAAAAAAAAUGGAAAUCUUUAUUGAGACACUGAUCCAAAGAUAAAACACACAGCAUUCCGGUUUUGCAGAGGGGGAAAUGUGGCUUCACUGUGUCAAACAGGAAAGAGCUGACUGAGUUUAUUUAAUCUGCUGGAGAUCUCAGUGCAGGUGUGUGAAACAUGCUUCUUUCCACUACAGGAACGUCACUCAGGAUCGCCAAACUGUCAGGUAUUUCUUCAAAUAAAUCUCCCUCUCCCUGGAAGCGUUCCUCGGUUACUCAGAAGUGUCCUCAGCUAAAAACUUGAAAUCAGACGCUUCAGUCACUGAGGUAGUAAAUAAAUGUAUAAAAGGAUCACUAGGCGGCAAUUGAAAUUUUUGUUCCUUCUUUCUAAACUUGAAACAGCUUUGAAAUAAUGCAGUUUUGUGAUGAAUUUAAGGUUACGAGUACACGAGUGUGCAAAGGUCGAAAUUCUGAAAUGUGUAUCAGUGAUUUCAUUUCCUUUUGGCAAAUCCUUUGAAUGUGUACAUCAGCUUCUGGAUUAAAGCAUAUUUCU